CAUGGCGACGGCCUUCUGCACCGACGGCGAGGCCGCGCUGCGGCGGGCGCUGGGCCCGGCCCCGGCCCCGCGGGGGGACAUCGACGGCUGCUACGAGACGGGCCGGGCGGCGGCCUUCGUGCGGGGGGGCGGCUUCAGGAAGGUCGCCCUGCAGUUCCCCGACGAGCUGCUGCCGGACGCGGCGGCCGUGGCGGCCCGGCUGGAGGCGGAGAGCGGGGCCGAGGUGUCCGUGCUGGGGGACACCACGUACGGCAGCUGCUGCGUGGACGAAGUGGCCGCCGAGCACGUGGGUGCCGAGGCGGUGGUGCACUACGGCCCGGCCUGCCUCAGCCCCUGCAGAAAGCUCCCGGUGCUGCACAUCUUCGGGCAGCAGCCUCUGGAUGUCGGGCGUUGCGCAGAGGUCUUCCGGGAGCUCUAUCCUGACCGGCAGAGCCGCGUGGUGGUGCUGAGCGACGUGGUCUAUGCCUACGCGAUGGGUGAAUUGGAGCAGCAGCUGUGCCCCGAGUACCCCAACAUUGUCUUCUCCCAGGUGGUGUGUGGGGACCCCCCUGGCCCUGCGCCGCCCGGGGAGGUGCGGCAGUUCGGCCGCCAGUUCCGCAUGGAGGCAGCAGGAGGGCUGCAGGACUGGGCCAUGUUCUACGUGGGAGCCGAGGGCCUGGCCCUCACCAACUUCAUGCUGACCUGGAACCGCUGCCCCUUCAGCUCCUUCAACCCCGCCACCGGCCACGGCCGCCGGGAGACCCUCAACGUCAACCGGGCCCUGAUGCGGCGCCUCUACCUGGUGGAGCGGGCGCGGGACGCCCGCGUGGUGGGCAUCCUGGUGGGCACCCUGGGCGUGGCGGGCUACCUGGACGUGCUGCAGCACCUCCGCCAGCUUCUGCGCUGGGCUGGCAAGCGCAGCUACACGCUGGCCGUGGGGAAGCCCAACCCUGCCAAGCUGGCCAACUUCCCCGAGGUGGACAUCUUUGUCCUGGUGGCCUGUGCUCAGAACUCCUUGCUAGACUCCAGCGACUUCUACCGGCCUGUGGUGACCCCCUAUGAGCUGGAACUCGCCUGCAACCCGGCCCGGGAGUGGACGGGGAACUACCUCACUGACUUCCGAGACCUGCUGCCAGGUGCCUGCGCACAUGUUGAGCUGCCCCCAGCCGUGCCUGCAGCAGAAGCUGUUCCCGACGUCUCGCUGAUCACAGGGGAGAUGCGUGCUGCCCACCUCUGCGACCUCCCAGCCACCCAGCUGCCCCCCAGCACCUCCCUGGCCUGCAGGGACCAGACUCGGGCCCUCGCGGAAAUCAGCCCCGCUGCCUCGUUCCUGGAGUCCCGCAGCUGGCGGGGCCUGGAGCAGCAGCUGGGGAAGACGCCUGUCUCCAAGGCCGUGCAGGGCCGGCGAGGCAUUGCCAUUGCCUACGAGGACGAGGGCCGUGAGCAAUCCUGAUGUGGCGGCAGCACCAGCCCCUAGCCGGGGGGGGGGGGGGCUGUGCUGGAUGUCGCCUCUCACUGGGUAUUAGACCUGUGAGGGGCUCACGAGGGUCCAGAGCUGGCUCCAGGUAGGGCACACAUUGUGUGCGUGCUUCUCAGUGCCCACAGAAGCCCUGGGCUGGGGCAGCAGCAGGGCCAGGACAAGGCACUUGGCCCAACCCUGGCCACCGAGGGCUCCCUGCAGCACGUGGUCCGUAGGAGCUUUGGCCCUACGAGGGAUGGUUAUGGCUUCAUGGGAGCUGACAGAGCCAGGAGUCUGGGCUUGUGGGGGUUCCUGCUGUUAACUAAAGCUCAACUGAAAAGGA